AAGGCCAAUACAUCAGAAGAGCCCAUAAAACUUUCUCAUUCCUCUUCCUUCCUCUUGUUUGUCCUUUUUACCCUUCCUCUUCCGUCAUCGUCAUCAUCUUCUGGCGGUUACUGUACAAAACCAAAUCCGUGCAUCAGAAGCAGCGACGACCUUAAAACUCCGUCUCAGGAAGCUCGUUGAUCCAAGAAAGAACCACAAAUGACGACGGCAGCGCGACCUACAUGGGCCCCGGCGAAGGGUGGCAACGAACAAGGCGGUACCCGAAUUUUCGGUCCCUCACAGAAAUACUCUUCCAGGGACAUCGCUUCCCACACCACCCUCAAGCCCAGGAAAGAAGGCCAGGACACAGAGGAGGAAUUGAAGAGAAGGAACCUACGUGAUGAGCUAGAAGAGCGUGAGCGGAGGCAUUUCUCAUCGAAAAAUAAAUCUUAUAACGAUGACAGAGAUCGAGGAAAGGGUAGCCAUCUUUUGUUGGAAGGUGCAAGGAGAGACAUUGAAGAUCGCAUUGUUGCACGUAGUAUUGAUGCAGAUGAUUCUGAUGUUGAAGUCAAAAGUGAUAAUGAGAGUGAUGAUGAUGACGACGACGACGACGAGGAUGACACUGAAGCUUUGAUGGCCGAGCUCGAACAAAUAAAGAAGGAAAGGGCAGAAGAAAAGCUACGCAAGGAACGCCAAGAACAAGAGGAAGAGCUUAAAGUAAAGGAGGCAGAGCUUCUGCGAGGAAACCCUUUGCUAAAUAAUCCUGCAUCAUUCAACGUGAAAAGAAGGUGGGACGAUGAUGUGGUGUUUAAGAACCAAGCCCGUGGUGAAACCAAGGUGGCCAAGCGAUUCAUCAAUGAUACCAUAAGGAAUGAUUUCCACAGGAAAUUCCUGCAAAAAUACAUGAAGUAAGGGCUCGUGUAGAGAAGCCUGAGUUGUUUCGAGUUGAAGAAGAAACUCGCUCAUUUCCAGCUUGUGUUUUGUAUCUAAAUGUAUGAUUUACUUGUGAUGGAUGAAUUUACUGAUAUUUUCUAAUGUAUUUUUACACGGUACUAGUGCAUACCUUCCGUGCUCGUUUGGCUCAAGGUUUUAAAAAUCUUACCCAUCUGGCUAUCUCAUAGUUUGAUCAUUGAAAAUGAAAAUCCGGUCUAGUUCUACAACAAUUAGGUUAUGUUUGAAAGGGAGAUUAAGAUUGAAAAAGAGACUACUUGAUAGAAAUUAAGUUUUUGUAUUGUGUUUAGUGUAAAAUGUACUGGACUGAGUUAUGUUGUAGUACUAAAUUAUGUU